CGCCACCCUCCGCUGGAUCCAUUGUGAGGAAAUUGCCAUUCGCGGCAGCGGCGGCACAUCUGGGCGGGCGCAUCUGGGCAAACAACAUCGGCUCCCGCCGACAGCCUCCAACGUCCUCCAACCGGCCGAACGGAUCUCACCGGGCCGCCGGAGAGGCUCCUGCUCGUCAGCCCCGGGCUCCUUCUUUCGGGCUGAAUCUUAAAAAAACCCUGGCAGCGCGGGGGGUGGGGUGGGGUGGAAAUAAAGGCUGCUAUUUUUUUCCCCUGGGAUUUAUUUCAUGGGGAUGUGUUCAAGACAAGAGAGGAUUCAGAAGGAUAUUGACGUUGUGAUCCAAAAGUGCAAGGCGGAAAAGGACUGCCUGUUUGCAGAUUUCAGGUACUCAGAUUCCACCUUUACCUUCACCUAUACUGGAGGCUCCAAAAGUGUGUCCUAUUCAGUACAUGUCUCUGAGGACUACCCAGAUAACACUUAUGUUUCCAGUUCUGAUAACGAUGAAGAUGUGUUAGUUACAACAGAGCCAAUUCCAGUAAUUUUCCACCAAAUUGCUACAGAAUUAAGAAAAACCAAUGAUGUCAACUAUUGCUUAUCCAUAAAGUCAAAAUUACAGAGGGAGAAUGGAGAGGAGUCACGACACAGCAGCACAGUUGAAGAAGACUCUGAAGGAGAUAAUGACUCUGAGGAAUUUUAUUAUGGAGGACAGGUUAGCUAUGAUGGAGAACUUCACAAGCACCCACAGCUGGAAGCUGAUUUAACAGCAGUGAGAGAGAUCUAUGGACCUAAUGCAGUAUCUCUCAGGGAAUAUGGAGCCAUUGAUGAUGUAGAUAUUGAUCUACAUAUUGAUGUUAGCUUUCUUGAUGAGGAGAUUGCUGUGGCCUGGGAUGUAAUUCGCACAGAGCCUAUAAUAGUGCGACUGCACUGCUCACUCACACAGUACCUAAAUGGUCCAGUGCCAACUGUGGAUGUAUUUCAGAUCUCUACUAAGGAAAGAUUUGGGCUGGGACAUCAGCUGAAAAAAAUCAUGCAGACAUUUGUUACACAACAGUGGAAGAACAGUAAAGAAAAAUCUAACUGUACGCACAAUAAGAAGGUGUCUGACAAAAAGGUGAAAUCCCCUCUGCACAUCUUUUCUACAUUGCGCAGGCACAGAAUUUCAAAGAGAAAAGGCAUUAGAAAGCGUAAGAAAGAGUUAAUGAAUAGUUUGAAUGAAUUUGAAUUUAAUACGAUUUCUGCCAGUUGCUCAUACUCGUCGCCAAGUUAUCCUCCACCUGGCUGUGGUAAGAAUAAAUCAAAACUGAAGUCAGAGCAGGACGGCAUCUCCAAGACCCACAAACUGCUGAGAAGGACUUGCUCUAGCACAGUGAAGGCGGAGGAUGUGUGUGCCACAAAAUCCCACAGAACCUUUGGCCGCUCGUUAUCGAGCGACCCGAGGGCUGAACAGACAAUGGCUCUCAGAUCGCACAAACUGCUGAGCCGAGCUUGCUCUGCAGCUGUCAAGCAGGAGGAGUGUAUCUCUUUAAAGCCCCAUAAGGUGUUAAAUAGGUCGUGCUCUGGGGAUCCUCGAUGCGAGCACAACAGCACCUUGAAGCCCCACAAACUUUUAAGCAGAUCCUGCUCCAGUAACCUUAGAAUGGAAGAAUUGGAUGGAUUGAAGAACCACAAGUUGCUCAGCAAGACUUACUCCAAUGCCCCUAAAUCAUCCAAAAUGGAGCCUUUCAAGGAGUCCACCAUGGCAGAGAGCAGGAGGCUCUCUCUUACCUCAGGGCUUAUUGGUAUCUUAACACCAUCCUCAUCAUCACCUUCACAAGCUGCUCAAAAUUAUGGUGCAAAAUGCAUUCCAGUGCGAGACCGUGGCUUUCUUGUGCAGACUAUUGAAUUUGCUGAGCAGCGGAUACCAGUACUGAAUGAAUACUGUGUAGUUUGUGAUGAACCUCAUGUGUUCCAGAAUGGCCCUAUGCUGAGGCCCACUGUUUGUGAACGGGAACUCUGUGUAUUUGCUUUCCAAACAUUAGGAGUGAUGAACGAAGCUGCUGAUGAAAUUGCAACUGGGGCACAGGUAGUUGAUCUGUUAGUAUCUAUGUGUCGGUCUGCAUUAGAAUCACCUAGGAAAGUUGUCAUUUUUGAGCCAUACCCUUCUGUAGUUGAUCCUAAUGAUCCUCAGAUGCUGGCCUUUAACCCCAGGAAGAAGAACUAUGACCGAGUCAUGAAAGCAUUGGACAGUAUCACUUCCAUCAGAGAGAUGACACAGGCACCUUACUUGGAAAUAAAGAAGCAGAUGGAUAAACAGGACCCGCUUGCACAUCCUCUUCUACAAUGGGUUAUAUCUAGUAAUAGAUCACAUAUUGUGAAGCUACCAGUGAAUAGACAACUGAAGUUUAUGCACACUCCCCACCAGUUCCUUCUUCUCAGCAGUCCACCAGCCAAAGAAUCCAAUUUCCGAGCUGCUAAAAAUCUCUACGGAAGUACCUUUGCAUUUCAUGGUUCACACAUUGAAAAUUGGCAUUCCAUCCUGAGGAACGGCUUAGUUGUUGCUUCCAAUACGAGGCUGCAGCUCCACGGUGCAAUGUUUGGAAGUGGAAUCUACCUUAGUCCAUUGUCAAGCAUAUCAUUUGGUUACUCAGGGAUGAACAAGAAGCAGCAGAAGGUGUCAGCUAAAGAUGAACCAGCUUCAGGCAGUAAGGGCAGUAAUACAUCGCAGUCCCAGAAGAAAGGACAGCAGUCGCAAUUUUUGCAAAGCCGUAACUUAAAAUGCAUAGCCUUAUGUGAAGUGAUAACCUCACCUGAUCUGCACAAACAUGGGGAGAUAUGGGUAGUUCCCAACACGGAUCACGUGUGUACAAGAUUUUUCUUUGUUUAUGAAGAUGGUCAAGUGGGUGAUACAAGUAUAAAUACACAGGAACCAAACAUUCAUAAAGAGAUUCUUCGAGUCAUUGGCAAUCAAACUGCUACUGGUUAAAAGGACCACUCUUAUUUAAUUGAUGUGAAGCCUUCCUCAGUCUCAAAGCUGGAUUUUGAACUGAAGAAGAUGCAAAAAACUAAUUUAUUAUUACUACACUAAGCAAAUUAACCAUUUGAAUACUUACUGUUUUCUUACUUAGUAUUUCGUAUCUCAUCAAAAUACCUGAGAUGAUAUCAAUUAGCAACUGUAGGGGUGCAAAGUCUAUUAUUAUACUAAAACAAUUAAUAAUUAAAUAGGCAUUUGGGUUGCUCACAAUAAGCAGACAUUAAAAAGGACUUUUGUGCUGAUAUUUUUAUACUAAACUUCAAUUGGAAGUUUUAGUACUGCAUACUGGUAUUUUAAAUUUAGAAUGACUGAAUUACAAGUAAGAGAGAAGAUUUUAUAGCGGAGCACCUGUAUUAUGCAGGAUACUUUGCAAUAAGUAAAAUAUUCUCGUAUCAAAACACAAUAAAAGGUUGUCUGGAAUAUGUAAAAUUGAAGAGAUUGGUUACCUGCAGCUGUCUUUGAUUCUUUUUAUUUUACUCAAAUGCAGUUAGAAUUUAGACUCAAAGGUGAAAACAACAAUGCAUUUUUUAUUUACUGGGUGCAACAAAGCAAAAUGAAUGUGAUGGUAUAUGUUCAGCUUUCUUUAUUUUCUCUGGAACACUGUCUUACCCAUUAAGCAUCUCAGUUGUAUUUUUUGAACUGUACAAGCCUCAGAAACACCUAAAGCUUUUAAUUUUCUUUUUAGAAUUUUUGGUUUUAUAUACUAAAUUUUACAAUUUCAUUAGAUCAACAAGGUUUUUUAAUGUUUGCAUCUUAACUUCAGUGAAAUUGCUCUGUGAUGAAAUUUAUCCACAAAUUUUCAAGUAUGUGCUGAGUUAAGGCUUUUAUGGUUGAAUUGAUUGUUGGUACAUAAGAAAAUAUAUACAAAUGCAAAAUUCUACUGAUUUUUGUCUUGGUAAAUUAGUUUUAUUAGUUAAUUUCUAAGCUAUAAGAAAUCAAUUUAAAUAUCUCUGUCUUUUAAAUUAAUUACUGUUUUUUCCAAGUAAGUAGGAUGGCAACACAGAUAGAGAAGGGUCCAGUCUCCAAGACAAAAAGCAUAUCCUGUGCCCUGAUGAAUGCCUUUGGCAGCCCUCAUGGUGGUUAUCCUGAAGCAUCAAUCACACCCUUGAAUAUGGAGAGCAGUUGAACUUUCCCAUCUGUGCAACUUCUGUGAGCCACCUCAGAAAGCAAAAAUAGACUGAAACCUCUCUUAUGUUACUUUCAUAAUAAAGAUACUAAAGCACCAAAUAACAGCACAAGAGAGCACAGCUGUGUUUGUUUCUUUUAAAGAGAACUGAAUUAGAUAUGCUGUAAUGGAUGAUUCCUUCUUUCUAGUUCAUGCUACACUCCUGUAUUACUUGCUGCAGUUGAAGUGCCCUACAAGUUAACAGUGGUAUUUGGCCUAGGAGCAUACAUGGGAUGUAUUUUAGCAUUCUACACUUAUUUGCUUUAGUGUUAAUUUUUCUAAGUUAUCCAGACUUGUAAAGCAAAUUCUGUUUGCAUAUCCCCAUUUUGGUGUUAGUUCUAUUGACUUGCGCUCUCAUUUGGUGGACCUCUAAAUUAGAGAAACACUACUCCAGUUGUUGUCUUUCAUGCUGGGACACAGGUUAACUUCUUGAAACAAAGAGGUUUCCAGAAAUUUGUCUGUCUGCGUAACGACUGACAUAGGUUGUGUGACUGCAAAAAGUCAAUAUAAUUCAGAAAUGGAGCUGAAACCCUGGCGUGACCAUCUCUGUAAUGGUGCUACCUUGUGUGUCUGAAUCACUCUGUUUUGCCUAACAAAAAGAAACUGGGAAGCAAGUCCACAAAGAUGUUCUAUGAUUAUUUCCUGAGCUGGUAGCCCACCACUCUGGGAUGCCUCUUGUAAAAAAGAACAGGAGAAAAGAGAGUUGAGAAUGAGUGAACUGGAGAAGCCAAGUAAACAGUCAUCUUCCCCGUCUCCUCAAGUUUAUAGCAGGGUCAGAAAUUAAACCCUUGAAGAAAGGAAUCUGAAAUGUAGCUAAUGAAUUGACCUCUGUUUGCAUUGUGGGGUUGUGAUCCUGGUCAUGCAUGGUGCCAUCAUAAGUACAACCCCAGGAAAGGGAAGAGAAAAAUACAUUGCUGCCAAAUUUUAAGACUGCUCAGAGGUUUGCUUUAAAUGGAUAAGCCACAGCAAGGGACAAUGUGGGGGAAAGCAGGACUCCAAGUUGUAUUGAGGCCUUGCUGUUGUGCCUGUCUCAGGGAGAACUUUGGUGACUGACUUAAGAGGGGAGAAGGAUAGUGAACAAGAGUAAAAGGUAGAAUGUGACAAGCACAGGGGUUACAAACCAGUUGAAGAGGGCAAAACCUUUCAGGGAGAAAGGUAGUUCUGAAGGGACAAGAUGGCAUUAGCAGCUCAGGUCCCACGUGGUGCAUGGCAGGAAAAGGGACUGGCAGAACCAAGCUGCAGUGUGGGGAUACACAGCCCAUAGCAGUAUGGAGCAGUCCAAGCAUGCCCCAGCAUCAUGCUUGGGGCAACUGGGCCACUUGAAAAGCUGUCACUAGGCUAUAGUGCGGAGACAUAAGCCUGGUGUCACACAUAAACAGCAAUUGAGCUAGAACAAAAUUCUUUGGCCAGAAACUCAGUCACAUUUUUCUUUACCCAGUAUAUUAAUGAGAAACUUCCAAGGCUUUGUAUUAUUUGCAGGGGAAUUUGAAUCUUCAGAUCAUUUAACAAAGUAUUAGUUCUCAUUAUUUUCAAAAGAUGAGGGGAAGGAGGCAUGUUCAUUUGGCACCUGUUACUCCUUAUAUAGGAAACGCGAAAGCCAAAAGACUUUUAUCACCAAGAACUGGAAUGAAAAAGCCUGAGGAUAAGAUUUUCUUUGAAGGAUUUUCUUUUGAGGUUUUAUGCAAAGGUGGCAGUUGCAUGUAGCCAAAUGCUUCCAAAUAACUUGCAUUAACAUGGAGUCCAGGGGAUGAAAAAUAAAAAUCCCAGAGCAAGACCCUGCAUUAUGCCCAGAGCCCUUCCAUUUUCCUUCCUUGCUUACCAUGCUCACAUAGUAGUGACAGACCAGUCAUUGUAACUCCUGCUGUAAAAGAUGCAGGCUUUCCAAAGAUGGCUUUUAAUCAAAGCAAAUAGACUCCCAGGCUCUGCCAUCUCUCUUGAUAGAAAUUUCCAUGAAGUCAUUGCUGUCACCAUACCCAAUGUGGAGCAACCAAGGGAGUUAUAGGUAAAUAACUUUCUAACUUCUUGCUACAUCCUACAACCAAAUGCAAGCCCUCCUCACAGUGGAAAGGUUUGACAAAAAAAUUGUGUUAGUCCUUUGAUGUUGCACCCUAAUUAUGAAUUGCUGUAUUUAUGCUGCUGAGUAUUUAAAUAUUGUGAAAGGAAUCCAGAAAGAUGCUUUUUAAUCUUCCAUGAGGUCCAGGCAAGUAUUGAGCAUUCAAGGGCUGAAUUAAGCAAUUUGAGGUAUCUUCUUCUAUGAUAUGAAUCAACAUGGCCCUGUUGUCUUCAACAGUACUACACUGCUUUGAUAAAUGAAUCUUUGGCUUCCUAUUACUUACCAUAAAGUGGCCAGGUUGUGUAAUAUUUUGGUUAAUGUUUUACAGGAACUAGUCAAUGACACUGGAAAUUUUUAAGAUUAAUUUUUUUCCUCUACAGCCCUUGAAAAAAUUCUUAAUGAAGCGGAAUGAUUUUAACAUAAUAGCUGUUGGUACUAAAAAAGCAUCUGAUGAGUUAUGCUAAGAUUGUCCUUUGUUAAUAAAAAUAUAAAGUCACUCCAGAUUAAGACUUCAUGCAUAGAUCAAUUAAACUUUGCUUAUAAUCACUUACUACUGUGAAAACAAUUAUCAUAAUUUCUACAAGGAUAAAUACAAAAUAGAAAAAAAAUCCAAAAGGGAACAACUGAAUUAAGAGAUUCAUGGUUAAGAAGGAGAUACUAAAAAAAACCCAAACCAUAGGCAAAUGCAAAAGUACUAUCUAUUACUUAAGAAUUAUAAUAAUUUAGACAAAUUUUUUUCUUGGCUCUGGGAAAUGAAAGUGAGAUACAAAGAAUAUGAGCCAUGACUCACCACAUGCAGCCUCUGCUGGCAAUGCUGCUGCAGCUGGAAUGGCCUUGGCCACCCAUUCUCUUCUCUCCUGUGGCACACAGCAUCCUGUGGUGUUUUAUUUGCAAAAUUCAGGUGUUAAUCUGGUGUCCGUGCAAUUUCUUCAUUACAAACACCACCUCAAGGUGAAGGAUGAGCCUGUUGAGUAAACUGAGCAAGGUCUGUUGCUUGUAGAGCAGUUAGCAUUCUGUGAAGCACCUGAAGUUGUUCAGAAAUGAUCUUGAAUGCAGUCAGAUGAAUUUAUUCCUUUAAAAAAUUCCACUCAGGAGUGUAGUGACAUGUGCUUCAGAAGGGGAUAAAUAAACGGGGAUAAAUAAAAGGGGAUAAAUAAAAAUGGGAAAGUUUUGCUCCAAGCAGAGCGUCAUUCUGUGUGAAGUGCACAAGGAUGUCGCCCGGAGUUUGAAUUUCCCAAUUUGUGUUUGGAAACAGGUCUGAAAGCACUGACCUCCUCUGUCUGUCCUGCCAUGUCAGUGUUGUACUCCUGCUCACUGGCUUCAGCAACAGCCACUGACAAGAGCUGAAGGAAUAAGGCAGCUUGAACUGCUGUUCCAUAGUGUUUUGAUUGCAUGCUCCUGCUAAGUUUCAGUCUGACACAGAAUAGCUAGGAUGUAAAUUACUGCCCAUUACACUUUGUGUUGGGAUUUUGUACAUGUACUAGGCAUAAGGCUUUUGUAAAGGGGAAAAAAAAUUAGUUUUUAGAUGAACAUAUCUACUGUGUUAAAAACCUGUUGAGAAGAUUGCGUUGAUCAUUUAUCAAAAAGUCAGUAAAAAUAUUCCUUAUACAUAGACAUUUAAUUUAAUGUUCUAAAAAUAAUUUUUGAACUUACCUAGUAUAUAUUGUAUCUUUGAAGUUUAACAAACAGCCAGUCUUUUAUGUAAACAUAAAAUAUGCCAAUGUUUCUUUUUAACACCAUAGCCUUUUUUUUCUCCAAAUAAGUUUAUUAAAUUCUGUGCACAAAAUCAUACUGCAGCCUGCUAUUUAGCCUAUGGUGCCUUAGAGUUACUCAAAUAUUUAACAAAAUGGAGAUAAUGUAAAUACUGCCAGAAGAUCACUAAGGCCAAAUAUUUUCUCUAUUCACUUUUUACUGCACUUGCUUUCUAUUGCUAUUUAAGCCUCUUUUAUUCAGCUUUGUAACAGCUAUAGCAUUGUAGCCAAUGUAAAUGUUUACCUUCAAUAAAUCAGAAUUUGUUCAACAAGCACUGGGCAUUUGGGCACUAUUUUGAGAACUCUGUUGGAAGUUAAAACAGCCAUCUAAGAAUUAAACUGCAUCUGAAGCAGUUUCUUGACUUUUGCUAAUCUCAAUGACAUCUAAAAGUUAUGCCAUGCUUUUACACAUUUUUGAAGUAAAUUUUUUUUCAUUGAUCUUUUUAAAAACACUUAGAUGAACAGUAAAACUAGCUUUUCUUGCUGUGUUUAGCUGAAUGGGUUACCCAACUAUAAUAAAAGCAUUAUUUUGCAUGUACAGUAUCAUAAAAUGCAUAAAGAUGUCUCAAGAUGCUUUUUAUAAUUGCUUUUAAAGAAGUUCUCUGUUUUUCUGUAGAGCUGUUUUUGUCAUGAAAACACAGCAAAUAUAUGACAAACUGUGUCAUACUUUAAUGUGGCUAUGUUUAAAGUAUAAAUACACAUCUGCAACUCAUAAAAUAUGCAGAUGUUCGUGGGACUGGUUAUUAAUUCAGUGAGUGCACUGUUUUUUUCACUGCCU